GAAUCUCUGUUAUGAUUUUGUGUUCAGUAUAAAAGUAUGACUAAACAGUUGAGAAAUUUAAUUUUACGAGAGAUAAAUACUGUACAUCUAUAGAUAAAGUUGCUUUGUGAUGAAGGAAUAUUGUAAAUGAUGUUUUAAAGCAUUCAUUUUAAGCCUUGGAGGUUUUAUCUUUAAAUAAUGGAUCUGUUCAUUCAGUGGUAUUGAGAAGAACUGGGUAAAAUCUCCCAUUUUAGUUUCAUGGUAAAAAAAAGUACAAGUGCAUUAAAUGUGGUGUAUAAGGAGUUGGAAUAGGAAUAUUUAAAAUUGCAACAAUGAGUUCACUGACAGAGUCUGAUGAGGAUUUGAGUUACACACCAAAAAUAAGUUCACCAGGAAAUUACCGUAGGUAUCUGGACAUAUCACGGUCUGAUUCCCUGUCUGAAGAAGAUGUAGGGAACCAUUCUGGGAAUGAAGGGUUCAUUGAUGAUGAACUUUUUCUAGAUUCCAGUCUGCCUGAAGCAGAUUUGUAUCCAGACUUGAGCUCCCCACACUAUGAAACUGCACAGGAGCAGCACGGGGAACCAGCACAACCCCAGCCAUUGUCUGAGGAACAGAAGAAAGAACUUCAGGAGGAAUUAGAAAAGGUAGAAGGAGAGAUAGCUACACUUAGACAAGUUUUGGGAUCUAAAAUCCGUUACUCCACUGAAUUAAAAAGAAAACUGGGUAUUACCCCACUACAAGAGAUGAAAAAUGAUUUCCAACUCGGAAUUAAGACGAUAAAAGAUUCCACACCAUAUCAAAAGACAAAUGAAAAACUUCAUGAUCUUAAUGAAAAGAUUCACCAGUCACCCGCGUACCAGAAAACUUCAGCAGCAGCAAAAUCAGCAGCUGAGAAGACCUCCACAGUGGUUGCCGGUAUCGGUUCAACUGUAUCUAAGAAAUUGGGAGAUUUAAGAAACUCACAGACUUUCAAAUCGGUAGAAGGAAAGGUGGAAUCUGCAUACGCAUCUGUAAAGUCGUCACGUUCUAUAGAAGGGCUGAAAGAUCGCUUGGCUAAAGUAUCGGGUAGCAAGUCGGAAGGGAACUUCGAGGAAGCUUUACAGAGUGAAAAAGAGACAAAUGGUGCAAAUGGUUCCACAGCACCAGAGACACCUGCACCGGAGGAAAAAGUCCCUAUGUAAACAUAACGAUCAAACUGAAAUAUGGGGCAAGGGGAUAAUUUAAGCUGAGUCAUGGAGAUGUGGUAGUGUAGAUAAAUUUCAGUUGAACAAUGUAAAACUUCCAGAUGUUACGUAUUUUAUUUUUAAGACAAAGAAUUUGGAAUAUUUCUCAAAGCUGUAGAGCUUGCUGUGUAACUGUUUGCCUCACUGUGAUUGUAUUAACAAUAACUGUUCAUUAUGCGCCUUGUUCAGAUAUGUGUCUGGUAUGUGUUUAGAAGGUAAAAACAUUUCAAGUGCUAACAUCUUUUAUGUUUUUUCGGAAUUUCUUAUUUUAUUAUGUUGGUACUUUUUAACUGGUUAUAUGUUACAGAAUUUUUACAUAUGGGCAUAUUAAUAAUGAGAUUUACAAUUGUUAAUGUUUAUAAGCUGUGCAGUUUAGAACACUGUCUGGCAGGAUGUACUUUGGCCUUGUGGUUUAUCAUGUGAUAAAACAUGUUUCAGAGUUCGGAUAUUAAAUUGAAUUGAAGCACAAAGGCAUUUGCCUGAGUGGUUAAUUAUCAAAGCAUUUGAACAGUAAACUUUUGUUGUCCCUUGUUUAUCUGACAGACAAGCCAUGUAAGAAUGUCACAUUAAUUUCUGAAUAUUCUGACCACAAUAUUCUAUUCCUUUUGUGUGUCACUACCAAAAUGUGUUGCAAAUAAAACUUAGUGUAAUAGUAAGUGGUUGAGGGAGGGAACUUUGGCACUUUAUGUAAUCUGAAUCUAAAAAUUGGAUAGUAAAAAAUAAUACAAAACUUUAUUCAAGAAAAGAAAUUAUGUUGUUUCAGCUUACUGUGCAUUUUCUUGAGCUUCCAUUUGUAGAUUAAUCUUUACAUAAAUAUGCAUAUAUUUUCUGUAUAUAAGUGGAAAAGUUUGCAACGUUGAAAUGUUCGCAGAUUUCAUGAAUUAAAAAAAAUCACAAAAAUCUCGGCCAGCGUGACUUUCCAUGUUUACUAAUACACAUUAUAGUCAAGUGAAGAUAAACAAACUUUGGCACUUUAGAUUUUGAGGGAUUUGUGAAUAUUUUCACUUGCAAAAUGUCUGGAAUUGGCAAUGAGCAAACUUUUUGACCAGUGACCAUAUCAGCUUUGUUGCUUUAUGCCGAAAAAACUCCUUAGAUAUGACAUUGUUUAUGUAAAUUGUUUUGCGAAACACUGUCAGCUUGCCACAAACCGUAACUAUUGUAAAUGAUGUAAAUGUUUUAGUCUAGGGGCAUGUUUGAGAGUAAAGAUUUAGAUGUUGCUUCUUACUUUGAAAUAUAAUUUGAAAUAUAAUUUCUCUUGCAUGUUUGUGUCACAUUUUGCCAGAUUAUUAUUUUGAAAUGAAAAAAAAAGAAAUAUGAAAGAGUCAUCUAGAGAAAAAAGCUUCAUUAAAAAUCUAAGUAAAGAUAAAAAUGAACAAGAAUAUGCAAGGUCCCUACUUGAAUAGUAUUUAAAAAUGAAAUUGACAUGUAAGACAGUAUAUAUAAUAUAUUUUGUAAGUAAUGGUAUUUUAUAUGCCGAGGGGUUGAUAAAUAGAUGUGAUAUGAUAAUUUAACUGACCAAGAUCCAAGGUUAUAUAGCAGUUUGGAAUCCAGUCUCAAAAUCCUAGCCUGUGAUUGGUUGAUUCAGGAUGCAAUCUUGAAAUUGACCAAUGGCAUGACUCCAUUCUGAGACUGGUCUCUACACUCAGUUUCAUAACUUUGGAACCAAGACUUAGUAUGAAAGGAUAGCAUGUUUGUGUAACAAUAUAAUUGUUUAUCUGUUUACUCUUUAUUUUCUGUAUUGUGAUAAAGUUACAUUGAUACUGGUUUAAGUGAAUAUUCAGUUGAAAUAAGAAAAAUAAACAAAAAAGGGGACAUUAUUGUUGCUUUCUACUGCAUAAACAAAAGCUUAUUGGCCCAUUCCAGCAAAAAAAGUUUUUGGAACAAACGUAAAUUUUUUAAAGGCUUUUAUUUCACCAAAUAUCUGUGCUCUUGAAAUGAAGUCCGACGUUUUCUGUUACUAGCACUAGGGGAAAAAGAGGUUAAAACCCACAGUUGGGGCCUUCCCUUCCUAAACCUGUUUUGUUUGUUACAUAUUCAUGAGUAAUGCUUAUCAUAAAUCGAGAUAUUCGACAACAUUAUGGCAAAACACAAAGGCAGUUACAGGUCAGGAAUUCUUGAUGGGAUAAAGGCAACUGACUAUCAGAUUGUGAAAUAAAGACUGAAAUCUGACAUUCAUUUUGUUGAGCUUCCCUGUUGAGAAUCACUGAAAUAAUAUAUUGAAGAAUGUGUAAAAACUGAUUCUCUGUACAUUGACCAUUUCCAUUUUUUAACAAGGAUAGUUGGUAUGGUUUGAAUAUGUUAAUAAGUAAAACUUAAAGCAUUGUUAAUGAUGUAUUAUCCUUUUCACUAGAAACUGUAUAGUUUAUUUUAAAAUAAAUUUGUUCGUUCAUUCUUUCAUUCAUUUACUAAAAAGAGGAUUAAAGAUGGAAAAAAAUGAAAUUUGAUACAGUUUUUAAAGUAAAUCGUACAUCAGCACUUAACAUUGUUGUGCAUUGGCAGUUAGGUUGACUUAAGAGACUUAUAUAUGGUAACUUGUCAGUGGAGUAACUGGUAUGUUGUAUGAUUGUAUUAUAUCCUAAGUCAUUAUUUGUGUUGAAUUCCUGUCCUAUAAAUGGGUGUAAAUAUUUUACUUAAGUUACCAUUAUUGUUAUCUCCUUUUGUUACUGUCUGUUUAAGAAUUAUUAUUGACAUUAUAUUUGUUGUGAAUCACAAUCAGGCCUACCUAUUUUUAGGUCAUGCAUGGACCAAGACAUUGUAAGAAAAAACAAAAAAAGAAAAGAAUUGAAAUACAGAUAAAUUAAUCAAUUCUUGCAAUAACAAAAUAUUUGAGAAGUAAAGAGAGAGAAAAAAAAAACAACAGAAAAUCUCUACAAAAAUAAAUUUUUGUGAAAAAAAAUUGCCAACUUGGAAACCCUUGAAAACUGUUGGAAAUUUAAAAAUUACAACAUAAAUGAGCCGUGCCAUGGGAAAACCAACAUAGUGGCUUUGCGACCAGCAUGGAUCCAGACCAGCCUGCGCAUCCGCGCAGUCUUGUCAGGCUCCAUGCUGUUCGCUUUUAAAGCCUAUUGGAAUUGGAGAAACUGUUAGCGAACAGCAUGGAUCCUGACCAGACUGCGCGGAUGCGCAGGCUGGUCUGGAUCCAUGCUGGUCGCAAACCCACUAUGUUGAUUUUCCCAUGGCACGGCUCAAUUAAACUUACAUGUUUAAGAUGCAAAGAAUCCUGAAUGUGGUAAAAAAAAAAUUAGAAUGUAUUUUUAUUAGGAAAAAGAUACUUGAAUGUUGGUGUACACUAUUUCUGUUGUGAAACAUUUAUUUUGCCAAAAGUGUGAACAUUGCUAUGUGCAUAAUGUUUGUGUAUUUAUUGUUUACAGUGGUGUAAACCCAUUGUUUAUAGUGGUGUAAAACUAAGUGGUGUAAAACUAAGCUGUUACAACGUUUGCUUAGUUCUUCGAUGGUGGGUAUUCAUAGGUAGUAGCAACUGUAGUUUCAUAAAUGCGAUUUAUUGUAUUUUUAUGAUAUAUGCUUUAAGAUAAAGAAUUAAUAUUUAUUGCCCGACAAUUUAAUGACAGAGUCUGGGGUAUAGUUAUGCCUCAUUAACUGUUGGGAUUGAGUAUGUUCAAAUAUUUGAUUGUUAGAACCUGUAUGUGAUAUUGGUGUCAUAUCUAUUUAUAUGGAGAGAUAGAUUCUUUACUAAACUGCAUUAAAAGAGAGCUGUCUCGUUUUAUAUUGGGUUGAAUUCUACUAAAGUUCUGUUAUCAUUCUGAGGAACUUUCAUUAUUAACAGGCACGCCCUUUAGCCAUAAGCAAUGUAAAAACAAAAAUUCUGUGUAAUACAUAUUUUGAAAUUUUGGUCCUUUACAGUGAUCUGUCCCAAAUUUGAAUAGUCCAGAGAAAUCUCAUAUUGUUUUUCCAAGUCAGGUUGAAGAUAGUGUUGUUAUAUCAUUCCAUGACAAUACUUAACAUGAAUUCCUUGCUCGCUGCAUGGUACUAAGUGCCACAUGGUGGACCAAAAUAAAUCAUAUUCAGUACUUGUUGUUAUUGAUGUUGGUCUUUCAGGAUCAUAGAGUCCAGUAAGUUUCCCUGACUUAAGGCGAGGUGUGUUGCAUGUUUCGUUACCUCCCUCAAGCAGGCUCUAAAUACAAGACUGCUCAGUUGCAGUGUAUGCUUCCCGAUGAUUUUCUAUGGAUUUGUUUAUAGAAGUGAAUACAUUAAUCAGUCUGCAGUUAGGUGAACAUUACAUAAAUUAAUGUCUACAUUUUCAAGUAGAUUCUAGAAAUCUCUUGCCUUUUUCCACAGUGGGUGCUGGGAUAGACUAGUUUUGAAUAUAUAUACCACCUACAUUUGAUUUUGUAUUAACAUUUAUAUUUCCAUUCUUUGUUCUCAGAUUAUUUUAUCUGUAUAUAUUGUUUUUGAAUUUUGAAUGCUGUCUUUAUAUUACAAUAUAAGUUUCAGCAAACAGUGGUUUUAAAUUAACACAUUUGUUUAUAAUUGGGUCACCAAGUUCUUCAUUUUUGCACAUUAUAGUGUUCCUAGUAUCGUUUAUGGUGUAUCCACUAUAUAGUUGAUUAAAAAAAAGCAAGUCACAAGAACAUACUAGUUUUGUCUGCACUAACUUUAAUGUUUAAAUUUAUCGACAGAAAUGCCUUAAGUUGUUGGAAAAUAUGUCAUUGUAAAAUAUGCCAUAAAUUAUUUCGGUGCCACCAUAAAAUUAAAGUGCAUGUUUCUUUGAUUUACAAACACAGAGAUUUAUCCAUUUCCAAAAUUACUGUAGAACAUGUGUUUAAGAAACUUACAUGGACAUAUUAAGAUUUUGACAUUGAAUUUAGAAUUCUUGUAUGGGAUAUAGCAAUAGACAUCUCAUACCCAUUCUCAGAGUGGGUUUAUAAGAAAAGUACGAAUCCCUAGUAUUAAUGAAUUCAGUAAUAUUUUUCUGUAGCAUAUUUGGUAGGUCAUUCUAGACAUAAUGAUUUGCUUGAAAGCUGUUAACAUAUUUGCUGUAAACGUUCACUUUCAUUUAACCCUUAGCCUGCUGCAGGCGAAUUUAACAGCCUUUGCAAACAGCUUGGAACCAGAUCAGACGCCGAUUAAAUCGGCGUCUGAUCAGGUUCCAAGCUGUUUGCUACUCUGACAAUAUGUCUUCUAAUUUUGGAGCAAAUUGAAUGAACUUUACAAUUUUAGCAGAAGACAUUUCCAGCAGACGACAAUUUAUCUAGCAUGCUAAAGGUUAAGAUAAAUACAUCUGUUUAGUUGGUUAUUUACCUGUUUAACAAAGUAAGACUUGAUAUGAAGAACUUUAAAAACCUGAUUGUGCAAUAUUGCUUAUGAAUAAAGUAAUUUCUUAUA